UUGGUUUUAGGUCUGGGGACUGUGGGGGCCAAUCCAGCUCCGAUACAUUAUUAUCAUUGAACCAUUUCUUCUCCAAUCUCGACGUAUGCUUCUGGAACAUUAUGUCUUCCUUCUGAUCAAGUACUCGAGUGUGCGAAGUAACUCAUCUUGUUUGAUAUUCACAUAUUGCUCAGCAUUUAGACCUCCAUAGAUCCUGGUCAAGUAUCCAACGCCUUUGGCUGUAAAACAACCCCAUAUCAUCAGGCUUCCUCCAUCAAACUUGACAGUUCCUUUAAUUUCUCAAUCAGUUAGCCUCCUUUUCCCUUGUUUCUUCCAGACCCAUUUUCCCCAUCAGAACCCAGUCUAUUGACUUUCAUCUCAUCGCUCCAAAUCACCUGUUUUUAAUCUUCUACUUUAAACUGUUCAUAAUUUUUUUUGCAAACUCGAGCCGACGCUUCUUAUGACGAUAUUCUAGUCAAGGCUUCGUCACCUUUUUUCGGAUCACCAUUCCAAACUUGUGUAAUGUGUAUUGCUCGGUGAUUGAAUGGACGUCUGUGAUCUCACUGUUACGAAGCAUACUAGCCACUUCUACUGCCAUGUUUGUCGCGCCAGAACUGAUAGAUCUUGUGAUGAAUUGACUUGUUGACUCCAAUAUUUUGCCUGCACGUCCACCUCUUGGCUUUGGAAUGGAUGGAUGAACUUCAUUUUGUAUUCUUCCAACUGUCAUGGCGCUCACAUGAUGCAGUUCGGCAAUUUUCUUGGCCGAAAUACCACUAUCCAUGAGCUGGAUGAUGCUGUUUCUCAUUUCUUUGGAAAACUUCUUCACGGCUGCUCCUCGAUUCGAACCAGUGACCUUUUGCUUGGGAAUCAACCUAAUAACACACUGAACUAUUAGGGAAUGUGAGGACAGGUUGUAAUUUGUAGUAUAGAAGAAGAAAAAGAUUGUUCCACCACUAGGAGCAAAACGGUAAAAAUUUAGUUACAUGAGAAGAAUGUGCAGAACUAAUCAUAUGCUAAAUAGUUGCAAGUCCAAUUUAUGUAAGAGAUAGCCGAGAUGAUUGUCUAUAAAAUUUUAGUAGUCUGAAAUUUGAUGCUGUAGUGGAUGGUGAGAUCUGGAGCUUGAAAGUUAAAAGUUUAAAACAUUGUUACCAUUUUGCUCAUCAGUGUUUGUAAGGAAUGAAUCCAGUCACUGGAUGUGUUUCCUACAGUUAAGGAAGAGAGAAGAACACCGGAGAGAUGUCCCAGUCCUCUUCUUCCACAGGAUGGUUCAGAAGAACAUCACAAUGUCCCACAGGAUGAUCAGGUUCUGAAUCCAGGAGAAGAUCUGAACAUUAUAUAUGUUACAGAGACACAUGUGAGGGGUGAUGAGCAGAGUACAGAGGACAUUCCUACAGAUAACCGUCCAGAUGACUGUACCAGGAACCCAGAGGAACAUCUGGUAUAUUCUGAUUUUAAAGAAGAUUAUUAUGAUGUCACACAAGAUAUGUAUGAAGAGCAUGACAAUAUCCAAGAUGUAUCCUUAUCCAUUUACAGGAAAAAUGUAUCAUUUAAUCCUUUUAAACAGGUCCAAUUUUCUGAUUUGUCACAGACUAUAACACAAAAUAAAAGUUACAGAAGAGAUGUUAAAUGUCAAACAGCUCACAUAAGUGUGGAUCCACUUUCAUGUUUAGAAUGUGGAAGAUGUUAUAGCUAUGAAUCGGAACUUGUUACACAUCAGAUAAUUCACACAGGGGAGAAACCAUAUUCAUGUUCAGAAUGUGGGAAACGUUUUAAUCGUAAAUCUAAUCUUGUUGAACAUGAGAGAAUCCACACAGGGGAGAAGCCAUAUUCAUGUUUAGAAUGUGGGAAAUGUUUUAACCAUAAAUCAGAUCUUGUUAAACAUGAGAGAAUUCAUACAGGGGAGAAACCAUUUUCCUGUUUAGAAUGUGAAAAAUCUUUUAACCAUAAAUCAGAUCUUAUUAAGCAUAAGAGAAUUCACACAGGGGAGAAGCCAUAUUCAUGUUCAUACUGUGGAAAAUGUUUUGCUGGAAAACAAAAUCUGGUUACACAUCAAAGAACUCAUACAGGGGAGAAGCCAUUUGCAUGUUCAGAAUGUGGGAGAUAUUAUAGCUAUGAAUCAGAACUUAUUAGACAUCAGAGAACUCACACAGGGGAGAAGCCAUUUCCUUGUCCAGAAUGUGGCAAAUCUUUUGCUUUAAAAAAAUAUCUUGUAACACAUCAAAGAACUCAUACAGGGGAGAAGCCAUAUUCAUGUUCAGAAUGUGGGAAAUGUUUCGCUAUAAAAAAAGUUCUUGUCAGACAUCGGAGAAUUCACACAGGAGAAAAGCCAUAUUCGUGUUCAGAAUGUGGGGAAUGUUUUGCUGUAAAAAAAUAUCUUGUUAGACAUCAAAGAAUUCACACAGGAGAGAAACCAUUUUUAUGUUCAGAAUGUGGAAAAUGUUUAAACGAUAAAUCAGCCCUUGUUACACAUCUGAGAAUUCACACAGGGGAGAGACCAUUUUCAUGUUCAGAAUGUGAAAAAUGCUUUAGUCAUAAAUCAGAUCUUGCUAAACAUCGGAGAAGUCACACAGGGGAGAGGCCAUUUUUAUGUUUAGUGUGUGGCAAACGUUUUGCUGUAAAAAACUAUCUUGUUACACAUCAGAGAAUUCACACAGGGGAGAAGCCAUUCUCUUGUUCAGAAUGUGGAAAAUGUUUUCAGCAGAAAUCAUCUCUAAUUACACAUCAGAGAAUUCACACAGGGGAGAAGCCAUUCUCGUGUUCAGAAUGUGGAAAAUGUUUUCAGCAGAAAUCGGCUCUUGUCACACAUCAGAGAAUUCACACAGGGGAGAAGCCAUAUUCAUGUUCAGAAUGUGGGAAAUGUUUUCACCAGAAAACACAUCUUGUUAAACAUCAACAAAAAACACACAGUAGAGAAACCCAUGUUUAGCCCAUUAGUGACCUCCCACACCUGUAUUUUACAGCUCAGUCACUAGUCACUAACUGGCUUUAUUCCAAUGGAUACACCUUUUGACAGUGCUGUAUAAGAAUAAAAUUGCACUGCCAGAAAUUAAAACAGCACCAUGCUUUCAGCUAACCAGAGGUGGCUUAGGGCUUGGAGCAAUGCUCAGAGAGGUCUCUAAACACAUUUGUUCUCCUGUACUGGUGAUCAACAAUAAAAUCUCUCACAAAAAAUAUUCAGCAAGAAGAAACAGAAGAGCAGGCCCCCUCAAAGUAUUCUUUUUGAGGAGCAGUACCAUUACUGACAGAAUAUAAUACAAUCAGACAUUAGAAUAUUGUGUAAUGUACCAAAAUACAGGUUCAACCAGUGGUAGGACUUUUAUAUAGCAGCAUUAAUAGUACAUUUCAUUAAUUGUAUUGGUUUGGGUUGGUGACUGUUGUCAGCUAUGGACAGCCCCUAAAAAUCAGUUUUUUAGAUAAACCCUUGUAACAAACCUGAAGAGCAGAUGAGGAAAUGUCUUUUCUCUGUUCUCAUAACUUGCUG